AUGUUGAGUGCAGUUAGUCAGUAAGUGUUAGUGAUUGUGAACCUUUAAAAAAACAAGAGUUGAACGAUUCUAAGUGAUUGCGCAUCAGCUUCUUGUCCAGAUGAAAUAAAGGCGGCAUACAUCUUCACGUAAAACACGUCAACACACAAUUGUCCAUCAUGUCCUACCAGGCUGGGUAUCCUGAGGAGCCCAAUGCUUUGGUCCAAAACAUCAGCUCCAACAUCCAGAGGCUCACUUUGCUCACCUCCGAGCUGCAGAGGGCGCUGUCGCUGCUGGGAACGGAGAAUGACGGGGGCCAGUUGCAUCAGACGCUGCAACAGAACCAGCAACAAGGUAACCAGCUGGCCAAGGACACCGACCGACUCAUCAAGGCCUUCAGCGCGCUUCCUGUGGGCGUUGACCAGCGGCAGAGAAAAAUCCAAAAAGAACGUCUUUUGAACGACUUCUCUGCGGCGCUGAACAACUUCCAGAGGACUCAACGGGAUGCGGCUGACAAAGAGCGAGAGUUUGUGGCUCGCGUCAGAGCCAGCUCCAGGGUGUCGGGAGGCCAGCCUGAAGCCCAUUAUGGAAAUGUGACCCCCUUCUCAAGCGAUGUCAUGGUUCAGGAUCAGGCCGAGGCGGUCACUGAGGACGACCUCAGGCUGAUCCAGGAGAGAGAGUCCGCCAUUAGGCAGCUGGAGUCGGACAUCACAGACAUCAAUGACAUCUUCAAGGACCUGGGGAUGAUGGUCCACGAACAGGGCGACAUGAUCGGUAAACUCCUGUGCACACGGUGCUUCUUUAAACAGCAUAGAAGCAAACGUGGAGAGUGCAGAGAUGAACGUCCAGAGUGCCACGCAGCAGCUAGCACGUGCUGCAGACUAUCAGCGGAGCUCUCGGAAGAAGAUGUGCAUCCUGAGUAUAGUGUUGAUCAUUGUCGUAGUCGUUAUUGGACUCAUCAUCUGGGGCUCUGUCCGUCAGUGAGCAACGCGCUUCCCCUUCAAAAGUGACAUUUAUUCUCUGCUAAGGCACACUCUUUCACAAGACUCUUGGAUUUGACCUAAUGUAAUGGCCAAAGAUUCUAUAUGUGGACAAUCCUUACAAGUGCAAAAAGAUCCGUUGCCAUGUACUUAUUAGUUAUUAUGUUGAUGUUGAAAUUGUUUAAAUUGGGGUGUUUGGAUUAUAAAUUAGGCACAUUUUUAAACAAUG